GAUAUUUUUUUUUUUUAUUGUUAAUAAAUCAAUAGAAAUGUAUUAUUCAUUUUUAGCAGAUUUAAAAUCUAUGAUAAAAUAGUAUGAUCAUUAUUAAGACAGGUUUUAUCCUCGACAAGGCCAACAACUUUUUUUUCGUCUAAAUUCUUGUUCAAUUCACAAUCGAAUGCCCAACGAAAUUUGGUAGAAAAAAUGUACAAAUUAUCUGGUUUAAAUAAUUUAAAAAAUAAAUUAUUUGCAAUUAAAAAUGCAAGUACAUUUUCUAAAUCAUUGACAUCAGAGCUCAAUGAAAUUAAAGCAGCUGGUACAUGGAAAAAUGAAAGAAUCAUAACAUCAGCACAAAAAACAAAAAUAUCAUUAUCAAAUUUUGAUAGAAAAGUAUUAAAUUUUUGUGCAAAUAAUUAUCUUGGUUUAGCAAAUAAUCAAGAAAUAAUAACAGCAGCAAAAUUAGCACUUGAUAAUUAUGGAGCUGGUUUAAGUUCAGUUAGAUUUAUAUGUGGAACUCAAGAUAUUCAUCGUAAACUUGAAAAUAAAAUAUCACAAUUUCAUAAUCGUGAUGAUACAAUUAUUUAUGCUUCAUGUUUUGAUGCAAAUGCUGGUUUAUUUGAGGUACUAUUAGGUCCAGAUGAUGCUGUACUAAGUGACGAAUUAAAUCAUGCAUCAAUCAUCGAUGGAAUUCGUUUGUGUAAAGCAAAAAAAUAUCGUUAUAAACACCGAGACAUGGCUGAUCUUGAAUCAAAGCUAUCAGAAAGUAUGUCAGCAAAAAAAAGACUUAUUGCAACUGAUGGUGUAUUUUCAAUGGAUGGUAAUUUUGCACCACUUGAUGAAAUAAUAGCACUUGCUAAAAAGUAUGAUGCUAUAACAUUUGUUGAUGAUUGUCAUGCUACUGGAUUUGUCGGUGAUACUGGUAGAGGUAGUGAAGAAUAUUUUAAUAAACUUGGAGGUAUUGAUAUUAUUAAUUCAACAUUGGGCAAGGCACUUGGUGGUGCUGCUGGUGGAUAUACAACAUCAUCAAAAGAAUUAAUUGAUUUACUUAGACAAAAAAGUAGACCUUAUCUUUUUUCAAAUUCACUACCACCACCAGUUGUUGCUAGUGGUAUGAAGGCAUUGGAACUCAUUAUGUCUGAUUCAUCACAUUUAAAAAAACUAAAUGAAAAUACAAAAAGAUUUAGAGAUCGUAUGACUGAUGCUGGAUUUAUAAUUGGUGGUGAAAAUCAUCCAAUAAGUCCAGUAAUGAUUGGAGAUGCUAAAUUGGCUGCUGAAUUUGCUGAUAAAAUGCUUGAAAAAGACAUUUAUGUUAUUGGAUUUAGUUAUCCAGUUGUUCCAAAAGGUAAAGCAAGAAUUCGUGUACAACUCAGUGCUGUUCAUACAGCUGAAGAUAUUGAUCAUGCUGUUGAUGCAUUUAUUGAAAUUGGAAAACAAUUAAAUGUCAUUUAA